AUGCCCGCGGUACACUCCAGCGACUGUUGGGUCUUCACGCACCUUGAGCACGAGUCAGUGGAGAUGGAGGAUGCUGUUAUUGCAGUGGAGCAGAGUCCUAAAAGAACCGGAGCAUUGUCCCGGAGUCUGGACGUCCUGAGGUUCGCACAGACCGCUCACCUCCGCACAGCGCGCCGCGUCAGUGCGUCUCUGCGCCUCAUCCGCGUCAUGACGCUUUGUCUCCACAUUGCACCAGGAGCAGGGGGCGAUGGGGACGACCCUCCCGGAGGAAAAGGGAAGAAAACCAGCAGAACCAGCAGCAGUAGCGGCUCUCAGCUCCUUCUACCACAGAUCUGUGUGAACACUCUGGGAUUAAAAAGUUAA